GCUGGCGCUCGACGGCGCCGUCCGGGGGGCAAGGCGAAGGCCCCCGUCGCGGUCCGGGUGUCCACGGUGGACACCCCGGCGGUGCGCGCAAAGGACGCGUUUUCCUGGCGGGAGUACGGGGCCGACUGGGAGGUCCACAAGUUCGGGGGCGCCUCCCUCAACGACGCCGAGCUGUACAAGACGUGCGGGGAUCUCCUCAUCUCCCAGGCCUCACGGGAGAGCGGCAAGUGGAUCCCCACAGCGGCGAUCGUUUCCGCCGCCGGGGGAAUGACAGAUGCGCUGGUGUCGAUAAUUACUACGGCGGUGAACGACAAGGACGCCGCAGCAGAGCAGCUGAAGGCCGCCAUCAAGCGCCAGGUGGACAUCACGCUGGAGCUGGUGCCUGGCAGGCCCGAUCUGACGGACCCAGUGGUCGCCAACCUGAAGUCGGACAGCGAGAGCGUCGGCUCCCUGCUGACCACCAUGGCACUG